UCCGCGGCCCGAGUUUCAAGUCCCGCGACCCCAGCACGGAGGGCGGAGACGGCGCGGACAUGGAGCUGGGGCUCGCGGGUCGCCGCGCGCUGGUCACCGGGGCGGGCAAAGGCAUCGGGCGUGGCACGGUCCAGGCGCUGCACGCGGCGGGCGCGCGGGUGGUGGCUGUGAGCAGGACCCAGGCCGACCUGGACAGCCUUGUCCGCGAGUGCCCUGGGAUAGAUCCUGUCUGUGUGGACCUGAGCGACUGGGAGGCCACCGAGCAGGCCCUGAGCAACGUGGGCCCCGUGGACCUGCUGGUGAACAACGCAGCUGUGGCCCUGCUGCAGCCCUUCCUGGAGGUCACCAAGGAGGCCUUUGACAGAUCCUUUGAGGUGAACCUGCGAGCAGUCCUCCAGGUGUCGCAGAUCGUGGCCAGGGGCUUAAUAGCCCGGGGAGCCCCGGGGGCCAUCGUGAAUAUCUCCAGCCAGGCCUCCCAGAGGGCAAUAACUAACCACAGCGUCUACUGCUCCACCAAGGGUGCCCUGGACAUGCUGACCAAGGUGAUGGCCCUAGAGCUCGGGCCCCACAAGAUCCGAGUGAAUGCAGUAAACCCCACAGUGGUGAUGACGCCCAUGGGGCGGGCCAACUGGCUCGACCCCCAAAAGGCCAAGACUAUGCUUGACCGAAUCCCACUUGGCAAGUUUGCUGUCUAGACACUUAACUAUAAAUCAAGCUCCAAUGUAACGAGUUUGCCAAUUCCCAUGGUGUAAAUACUCCCACCACAGCUGAUUUCAAGCUAUUGAACGUGGAGGUGGAAGAGAUACCCUCAGCACCCUGUUACGUGGUGUCUGUGUCCAUUGGUACCACAGAUAUACAUAACCCGGGGCAGAGAAAAUAGUAAUGCGUGCAGAAAUAACUAGGAAGUGAUGUUGGUUGAUUUUGC